GCAGUUAUCCCCCCCCCCCGCUCCUGCCUCAGGCGGCUCCUCCGGGCAUGCUCCUUAAGCCAAAGUAUGGCCGCUUCCGCAACGAGUCUGUGACCUCCUCCGACGACCUGAUGCAGAGCUUAGCCAUGAGCGGCAAAGUUGUGGCCACGCCGGUGGUGUCGUCCUCCGCCACGAGCCUCCCUCUGCCUCCCCUGCCUCCUCUGCCUCCUCUGGAUCACGCUGCCAGAUCAUCCUCCUCCGCCGGGGCUGCAGCCCUGGCUGACUCCCCGUGCCUGGAUGGGGAACAGGAUGCCACCACAACCUUCUGCAUGCUCAUCCCUAAGAUGCCCCAGUGGAAGUUCUCCAAUUCCCUGCUCAGCCGGAGCCCGUCCAACUCCAGCUCCAGCUCCAGCUCCAGCAAGGACUCAGGGAAGGCGGCAGCAGCCCCUUCCCAGGCCUCCGUCUCACAUAGCUCAUCAUCGCACAGGCACAGCGGUGCCGCCUCAGCCAGUGGCCCCGUGGCCAGUCUCGCAGCGGUGCUUAACUCUUGUGACCCUGUGUGUGUCACCCCCUGUUCCUUGCAGGCCAUCAGAGGGCAGAGAGCAGUCGCAGCGGCAAACUCGGCCAGUCCAGGGGGGCACGGAUUUGGGGCCACAGAGGCCAUGGCGAGCCCUGGGGGUUCCAGCAGCUCCAGGUCAGGAAUGAACCGCAGGACACGAGUGGAAGGCAUGUGGCUGGGGGGAGAGGACUUCACCCAGAAGGGAAGCUUCAUCCACAAACCCUCCCAAGGCUGGCUGCACCCCGACAAGAAGAUUGCAGGACCAGGGGCUUCUUACAUCGUCAGGUACAUGGGCUGCAUCGAAGUGCUAAAGUCAAUGCGUUCCCUGGACUUCAACACGCGGACUCAGGUGACAAGGGAAGCCAUCAACAGGCUGUGUGACGCUGUGCCAGGCGGAAAGGGAGCUUGGAGAAAGAAGGCCCAGAACAAAGCCCUCCAGUCUGUUAUGGGGAAGAGUAACCUGCGAUUUGCGGGCAUGAGUAUUGCAGUCAAUAUUUCCAUAGAUGGCCUUGGUCUGCUUAUUCCUACCACACGACAGGUGAUAGCACACCAUCCCAUGCAGUCCAUCUCAUUUGCCUCCGGGGGAGACACAGACACGCCUGAUUAUGUUGCGUAUGUGGCCAAAGACCCAGUGAAUCAGAGAGCGUGUCACAUCCUGGAGUGCUCAGACGGUUUAGCGCAGAGUGUCAUCAGUACCAUCGGACAAGCCUUCGAGCUGCAGUUCAAACAGUACCUACACAGUCCUCCCAAAACCAUGACGUCUGUGGAGAGGACUGUCAGGGCAGAGGAGCAGAUGUGGGGGGAAGACGAGGACUUCUCUGAGCACGAUUACUACAACAGCAUCCCGGGGAAGGAGCCUCCUGUUGGGGGAGUGGUGGACUCCCGGCUCAGGCCCAGUGGAGCCCUGCUGGGUCACAUCCACACACAACCACAGAGCAAGACAGCAGCACAGAUGGGCUCACCGGCGAGGAGGGAGCAAGCUUCUUAUCCUCCUGGUCAGCUGUGCUAUGAACUGCACUGGGACACUGAGACAACGAACAACUCAGGUAUGACAUCUGAUGGUUACCUGUGUGCUGACGGUCAGCCAUCAAGCAGCAGAGAUUACGAGGAACAUCAGUACGUUAACACCCAGAGUCUGGAAAACCUGGAUUCACUGGCACAGGGGCCCAAUGGACACAGAGGGCCCAGGGCACCGGACAGUCCCAAAAAGGACCUCUUUGACAUGAGGCCCUUUGAGGACGCCCUGAAGCUCCAUGAGGCCUGUGGGGGUGCAGCUGGAGGAGGAGGUGUCCGGGUUUUGGAAGACCAGUGGCCCAGCCCUCCACGCCGUCGAGCCCCCGUGGCCCCUAACGAGGAACAGCUGCGCAGGGAGCCGUGGUACCACAGUCGCAUGAGCAGGAGAGACGCAGAGAAACUCCUGGUCCGAGACGGAGAUUUCCUGGUGCGAGAGAGCACUACAAACCCAGGACAGUAUGUGCUAACUGGCAUGCACUGUGGCCUGCCAAAACACCUGCUGCUGGUGGACCCAGAGGGAGUGGUCCGAACCAAAGACAUGUUAUUUGAGAGCAUAAGCCACCUUAUCUCAUACCACCUUAAGAACGAGCUGCCUAUAGUGGCAGCAGAGAGCGAGCUCCACCUCAAACAGGUGGUCAGGAGGAAACAGUGAGCCACUUGGGACGCAAAAUUAUUGAGCUCCCAUGAAAAAAAACACAGGACAAACAUGGAAAUAAUUUUUCCUGGAUGGAUGUUAAUGUGGAACUCACUGACACUUUUUCUAUGAACAAUAAGGAAAGCGCGUCAUCUGACAUCUCCUUGUACUUUCUCUGCCUUUUGCCUACCAGGAUCAACCAAACUAUCCCUCACCUGUCAGAAACUCCUCAGCAUGCAGCUAUUAAGCUAACAAACCAGGAUCCACAGUUUGACCAAUUUCCGAGCUGGAAACACUGUCAGUCAUUUUCUAAAAUUCAAGCGACGCCUGAAGAAAAUUGUGGAACCAAAUAAGGAUUUGAUGCACAGAGAAGUCCCUACAACGCCUGUUAUGGUGACGUGCUUCCAAUUCACCAUGGCUUUCCCAACCAGGUCAUCCACUGGACAAAUAAUGGACAGAACAAAAGUGUCACUUGGUACAGACACUGUAUAAAACAAAAAAAAAAAGAUGUCAGGUUACUCAGUAGUUCAUUUCUUUAUAAAUGCAAGAAAUGGAAAUACUGUGACUAAAAGAGACAAUUGAAGUUUUAUUGAAAUGUAAAGUUUGUUAUUAUGUUUUCACAGGUCUGUAGUACCUGACUCUGAGAUGGCACAACACUGAGCAUGACUCAGUGCUGGAUUUAUGAAGCAGUCCCACAUACUUUUUGUUUCUCAACCAUAAUCUAGGCACCAAAACCCACUUUAAAAAAAAUGCAUUCAUACCAAUCCCAUAUAGACAGCCAAGUGGUCAUACGGUACUUGAAAGUUUCAUCAUAUUUACCAUAAAUAUCAUUUGCUUUGUGUUUGUAAGGGCUGUAUGUGUUGUUUAAGCCUGUGAACAUUACUGGUCAGACUCAAAUCAAUACCUUGUCCUGGUUUAAAAACUCUGCAUACAAACUCAGUAUAUCCAUGCCUGUAUUUCCUCCAACUUCAGUGCCUUAAAACUACAGAGACAGGCUUUUGUGUCAGAGUGUAUAUACUGUGCAUUUAUGCUCCCUCUUGCCAUGCCAAUGAAUGACUGAACAAACUUCAGGAUGAUUAAGCUCUUAUACAUGUGAACAGUCAUGUAAGCUGCUCUUGUUUUGGGGUAAAUGUUUAAUACUGUCUUAUUGUGUCAUGACUGUUAUCGUCUUUAAUGUGUGUUCCUCAAAACAGUCCCCUCCUAGAAAGAUGGCACUCCUCUGCAGUAAUGAUUUAAAAGAAAGGGAUUUUGGACUUCAAGUUAAAUCCUUUAUUUGUCCCGGCUCAGGGAAAUACAUCACUUUAUUGAUUGUCCUUAUCCCACUGUCUGUCUUUACAUGUCAAUGACUUGCUUGUAUAUUUCUGCUCUUCGGCUGCAGUGACAGUAACUUAAGUGCCCAUUUUUUUUUGCCAAUCUAAUACUUUUAAAUCUUACCAGAGGUAGUUCAUCUGCAUUUUGCAAUUCUCUUUGUGUCUUCAGCAACAUAUCUUUAAUCAGGUCCUCCACUGUUCUUGGCUGCAGCCUCAUGGAUGCACAGAGAGAUAAGGGGCGAGCUGCGAGGCUUUUGGUGAGGUCCAAGUGUGAUUAUUUUAGAUCUACGCCUUUGCUUUCUCAGGAAUUUUUUGGAUCUGUUCUCCUUUGAUUAACUUUAAUGGCUUUUUGUCAAUAAAACUAAUUGAAAAGAGGGUACAAAUCAAA